AUGUUCUCGCGUUCCUUUCGUUCCUUUCCAAUUCGUUCUCUACUAACCUCCGGUGGCGUCAACAAUACCUUCUUUCUUCCACGGUUGACUUUAACGACAGCAAGCAUUACAGCUACAAAUGAAAAUAGUAGUAGCAAUAAUGAUAACAAAGGAGCUGUAACAACUACUGAAACUUCCAAACAAGUAAUACCCGCAGAUAUUAUCUCUGGUGCGCCAGAAGAACUUCGGUAUCGUUCUGUGCGCAUAUAUAGACCAAGUAGAACUGCAAUGCAGUCUGGGACACAUAAUACAAAACAUUGGCGAAUAGAUUUUGAUAUCUUGGAGGGUAAUGGCCGGUGGGAAAAUCCAUUAAUGGGUUGGGCUAGCAGUGCUGAUGCCGUGCAAGCUUUGCAAAUUAAAUUUGCCACCAAAGAGGAUGCGAUAAACUUCGCAGAAAGACAAGGUUGGGAUUAUUUCGUGCAAGAGCCAAAAGAAUCUGUAUUUCAUGUAAAGGCAUAUGCUGAUAAUUAUAAAUAUUCGCCUGGAAAGUUGCGGCUAAUAAAGACAAAAUAA